AUGGUUGCCGUUACUAAAAAAAUACAAAUAACAUCUUUACUUAAAACGAUGAAUUUGAGAGUUUUAAUUUAUGGUGGCUCUGGAGAAUUGGGAUCCGCAUUAAUUUCCCUUUUCAAAAAGCACAAUUGGGUGGUUACUUCUGUUGGUACCCGUCAAAAUUCUGAAGCUACCUAUAAUAUCAUCGUAUCUAAUGAUGAUGAUUUAGAAACUCAAGGUAAAAAGGUUUUAACAGAAAGCAGUGAGCUGUUGAAAGAAAUUACUGUCGAAAAAUACGACGCAAUUUUAUGCGUAGCAGGCGGCUUUGUAAUGGGAAAUUUAACUGACAAAGAAUUUUUGAAAAAGUCUGACUUGAUGAUCAGAAAGUCUCUUUAUUCAUCACUGAUCGCGUCACAAUUAGCAGCUCACCAUUUGAAAGAAGACGGUUUCCUGAUGCUGACGGGUGCUGCAGGAUUACGAGGCACACCUGGUUUCAUUGGUUACGGAGUUGCAAAGGCUGGUGUUCACCAACUUGUGAAGAGUCUAUCUGCCAAAGGUAGCGGAUUACCAGAGAGAGCUAGAGUUGUAGCAUGUUUGCCUUCAACCAUUGAUACAUUGUCCAACCGUAAAGCUAUGCCAAAUGCUGACUUUUCUAAUUUUAUACCUCUUGAAACCUUAACGCAACGUAUAUUCGAUUGGACGACUGGCGUUGUUCAUAUAGAACAUGGAAAAUUGGUGGAAGUUAUCGCUAAAAACAGCCAAACGAUAUUUGACGAAAUGUAG